UUGAGCUGUUGUUUUCGUCCACGUCCUUUGGCUCAAGCAUGCUGCUUCAGCCGGGGAGGUAGGGCGGGCACUAGGUGGAGGCGUGCAACCCGCCUCCGUCACGCCCUCCACCGGCUUGACGUGUGGCCGUGCCCCCUCACGCCCCUCCGCACUAAGGUCUCCGGGCUCUGUUCCCGCUACCCGGCCGUCGGAGCUUUUUCGCCAGUCCCGGAAGUGGGCUCGUGCCCUACGGUUCCUGCUCCCGGGCGGCGACCGUCGCCACAGUGGCGGCCACUGCAUCUCGUUCCACCUCCGCGGCCCUGGGCGCCGUGGUUUCGUCGGGCCCCGAGCCUAUGAACUGUCAGGGCCAGUCGGCGCCCGGGUCGUCGGCGUGGAGCACGGUAUUCCGCCACGUCCGGUAUGAGAACUUGGUAGCUGGUGUGAGCGGCGGGGUCUUGUCUAACCUCGCGCUGCACCCGCUCGACCUCGUGAAGAUCCGCUUCGCCGUGAGUGAUGGAUUGGAACUGAGACCAAAAUAUAAAGGAAUUUUACAUUGCUUGACUACCAUUUGGAAACUUGAUGGACUUCGGGGACUUUAUCAAGGAGUAACUCCAAAUGUUUGGGGUGCAGGUUUAUCCUGGGGACUCUACUUUUUCUUUUACAAUGCCAUCAAAUCAUAUAAAACAGAAGGAAGAGCUGAACGGUUAGAGGCAACAGAAUACCUCAUCUCAGCUGCUGAAGCUGGAGCCAUGACCCUCUGCAUUACAAACCCAUUAUGGGUAACAAAAACUCGCCUUAUGUUACAGUAUGAAGGUGUUGUUAACUCCUCACAGCGGCAAUAUAAAGGAAUGUUUGAUGCACUUGUGAAAAUAUAUAAGUAUGAAGGUGUGCGUGGAUUGUAUAAGGGAUUUAUUCCUGGGCUGUUUGGAACUUCACAUGGUGCCCUUCAGUUUAUGGCAUAUGAAUUGCUAAAGUUGAAAUAUAACCAGCAUAUCAAUAGAUUACCGGAAGCCCAACUGAGCACAGUAGAAUAUAUAUCUGUGGCUGCACUAUCCAAAAUAUUUGCUGUGGCAGCAACAUACCCAUAUCAAGUUGUGAGAGCCCGUCUUCAGGAUCAACACAUGUUUUAUAAUGGUGUAACGGAUGUAAUUGCAAAGACAUGGAGGAAAGAAGGCAUCGGUGGAUUUUACAAAGGAAUUGCCCCCAAUUUGAUUAGAGUGACUCCAGCCUGCUGUAUUACCUUUGUGGUAUAUGAAAAUGUCUCACAUUUUUUACUUGGCCUUAGAGACAAGAAAGUAAGCUAAAAAAGAAAGAAAGAAAGGUAAUUUCAGUAUGUUUGCCCAAGACAGCAACAAGCUCCUUUGUGUUUGAGACAUAAAACUCAGAAGAAUG